AGCGCCCCCCCCCCCCCCGCGCAUGCGCACGGAGGGUGGCCUGCUCGUCGUCGCCGCGGCCGCUAAGGAACCCAGUAGUGGCACGAGCGCCCGCCUGGCUCGCCCGGCCCGCUCUUCACCUCCGGGCCUCCGUUCUCUUCGGUCCAACGCACCUCGGCCCCGCCCCAGCCCACCGGAUUCUUCCCAGCUCGACCCCGGCUGCCGGUUGCCCCCGCCGCCAUGAUGAUGAUGGCGUUGAGCAAGACCUUCGGGCAGAAGCCCGUCAAGUUCCAGCUGGAGGACGACGGCGAGUUCUACAUGAUCGGCUCCGAGGUGGGAAACUACCUCCGUAUGUUCCGAGGUUCUCUGUACAAGAGAUACCCCUCACUCUGGAGGCGACUAGCCACUGUGGAAGAAAGGAAGAAAAUAGUUGCAUCGUCACAUGGUAAAAAAACAAAACCUAACACUAAGGAUCACGGAUACACCACCCUCGCCACCAGUGUGACGCUGCUGAAAGCCUCAGAGGUAGAAGAGAUUCUGGAUGGCAACGACGAGAAAUACAAGGCUGUGUCCAUCAGCACAGAGCCCCCCACCUACCUCAGGGAACAGAAGGCCAAGAGAAACAGCCAGUGGGUACCCACCCUGCCCAACAGUUCCCACCAUCUGGACGCUGUGCCAUGUUCCACCACCAUCAACAGGAACCGCAUGGGUCGGGACAAGAAGAGAACCUUCCCCUUGUGCUUUGAUGAUCAUGAUCCAGCUGUGAUCCAUGAGAAUGCAUCACAGCCUGAGGUGCUGGUCCCCAUCCGGUUGGACAUGGAGAUAGAUGGGCAGAAGCUGCGGGAUGCCUUUACCUGGAACAUGAAUGAGAAGCUGAUGACCCCUGAGAUGUUUUCAGAAAUCCUUUGUGACGACCUGGAUUUGAACCCACUGACUUUCGUGCCAGCUAUUGCCUCUGCCAUUAGACAGCAGAUUGAGUCCUACCCCACAGACAGCAUCCUGGAGGACCAAUCUGACCAGCGCGUCAUCAUCAAGCUGAACAUCCACGUGGGCAACAUCUCCCUGGUGGACCAGUUUGAAUGGGACAUGUCAGAGAAGGAGAACUCCCCAGAGAAGUUCGCCCUGAAGCUGUGCUCAGAGCUGGGUUUGGGCGGAGAGUUUGUCACCACCAUCGCGUACAGCAUCCGAGGACAGCUGAGCUGGCACCAGAAGACCUACGCCUUCAGUGAGAACCCACUUCCCACAGUUGAGAUUGCCAUCCGGAAUACCGGAGACGCUGAUCAGUGGUGCCCCCUGCUGGAGACACUGACCGAUGCGGAGAUGGAGAAGAAGAUCCGGGAUCAAGACCGGAACACAAGGCGAAUGAGGCGUCUUGCCAACACUGCCCCAGCCUGGUGAUGAAGCCAUCCAUGCUCAGCUUCCACGGAGCAUCUCAAAAGACUGCCUUUGCUUCCUCUGUGGUAAAGAGAGGCAAAGGGACAGCUGGUGCCAUCCUGAGGAAUGGGUAGGAAUGGGGUAGGGUCUCCUGGGUGCCUUCCUUCAGCACACAUUCCAUUUGCUAAGCCGGGCACUGUCCCCCAAAGUCUAACAUCAGGAAGCAGCCUCGUUUGGGUUGGUUUUGGUUUUGUAUAGGAGCCCCAGACAGAGCUAGCAACACUUUUUAAAUAAAAGUAACCAGUUGAGCUUC